AUGUCCUACCAUAGGUUUGUGGAGGCGGGAAGGCUCGUUUAUCUCGGCGACGGGCCCGAUAAGGGGAAGCUGGCGGUCAUAGUGGACAUCCUGAGCACAGCGGCAGUCCUGAUCGAUGGUCCCACAACGGGCGUCAAGCGCCAGGUCGUUUCCCUCCGAUGGGCCAUGCUCACGGACCAGGUGAUAAACAUCUCUGAAAAGCCGACGACAGAGCAGCUUAAGAAAGAGAUAGAAGCAUCUCCUGCCAUCGACACGUUCAUGAACUCCGUCUGGGGCAAGAAGAUUCAGCAGCAGCGUCUCCGUGCUAAGGCGACGUUCGAGGACAUGGGCAAGAUUGCCAAGCUCAGAAGGGAGCGCAAGAUGGCCAUGAAGAGGAUCGCCAUGAGCAUAAAGUGA